GCCGUACACGGGGCGAGCCCCAAAACCCCUUUGGGAACCAGAUGCUUCUGCAGGGAGAGCUUGGCCAUGCCCAGCCCUGCCAAGGAGCCCUGCGGGGUUUGCAAGCUGCGGCCAGUGGUUCCUGAUGCUUUGCUCCCCUCCGCAGGGCAACACCUUCCGGAUGGAGGGUCCAACCGCCACCCCCACCAGCCAGCCCUGUCCAGGAGCCCAGCCCCAGCCUGAGGUUCUGGAGCCCAGCCCGUGCCGGGAGACCUGGGCCGGCAAGUGCAAGUUCCUGGUGUCCUGCCUGGGCUACUGCGUGGGGCUGAGCAACUUCUGGCGCUUUCCCUACCUGUGUUACCGCAACGGAGGAGGUGUCUUCCUCAUCUCCUACUUCAUCAUGCUGCUCGUCACGGGGCUGCCCCUCUUCCUGAUGGGGCUGAGCCUGGGCCAGUACGGGGCCGCGGGGCCCAUCACCGUCUGGAAGUGCUGCCCGCUCCUGAAAGGUGUGGGCAUUGCCAUGCUGAUUGAGUUCUCCCAGGUGUCCCUCCACUACAAUGUCAUCGUCGCCUGGGCUAUCUACUACCUGGUCUCCUCCUUCCAGAGCCCCCUGCCCUGGUCCUGCGAUGCCCCCAGGAACGCAGACCUCUGCCAGAACACGUCGGGGAGCACCAGCUGGGUCAGCGCCAGCGAGGUUUUCUGGAACGAGCAGGUGCUGGGGGUGACGCACAGCUCCGGCCUCGGGGACCCUGGCACCGUGCAGUGGCCCCUCGCCCUGUGCCUGCUGACGGCCUGGGUCCUGGUCUUCCUCUGCACGCUAAAGGGCAUCCACAGCUUGGGCAAGGGAGUGUACUUCACGGCCACCUUCCCCUACCUGAUCAUCCUCAUCCUCAUCAUCCGUGGGGCCACGCUGGAUGGCUCCCUCGACGGCAUCCGCUUCUACCUGUCCUCGGACUGGAGCAGGCUGCAGAGCGCCCAGGUGUGGAGCGACGUGGCCUCACAGGUCAUCUACUCCCUGGGCAUUGGGUUCGGGGGGCUGUUCUCCAUGGCCUCUAAGAAGUUUGAGAACAACGUCAUCUGGGACACCUUGAUCAUUGGCAUUGUGAACUGCUGCACCAGCUUCUUUGCUGGCUUCGCCAUCUUCUUGCUGCUGGGGCACAUGGCCUGGAGGAAACAAGUCCCCGUGGACAGCGUCGCUGACAUAGGCCCUGGGCUGGUGUUUGUGGCAUUCCCUGAAGCCUUCUCCUUGCUGCCUGGCUCCCUGUUCUGGUCCAUCCUCUUCUUCCUGAUGUUCUUCAUGCGGGGAGUGGACAGUUUGUUCAGGACUAUUCACGCCAUCGCCAUCCUGGGGGAGUUCCCAGCCCUGCGUGACCGGAGGAGGAAGACGGCAUUGCUGGGUGCUCUCUGCACCUCCUUCUUCCUGCUGGGUCUCCUGAUGGUCACCCAGGGAGGCAUCUUCUGGUUCAUGCUCAUUGACAAGUACAGCAUCGGCUUUGGGCUGAUCAUUGUCGCCCUCUCCAUGUGCCUGGGCAUCGUCUUCUGCUACGGCGUGAAGCAGUUCUGCCAGGACAUCAUGGACAUGAUCCGCCAGUGCCCGGCCUGGUACAGCCACAUGCUGAACUACUUCAAGGUGUGCUGGAUCUUCUUUACCCCCUGCCUGCUGCUGAUCACGCUCAUCUGUGCCUUCCUGGACACGUACAGCGUGCCCCUGUACUACGACAUCGAUGAGUUCCCCACCUGGGGCAUGAACCUGGGCAUCUGCAUGGGCGUCCUCACCUGCCUGCCGAUCCCACUCUGGGCCGUCGUGGCCCUGUACCGCGAGUCGGGGUCGCUGAGCGAGCGCUUCCAGAAAGCCACCCAGCCCCUCGACUCCUGGAGGACCGCUGCCGCCCGGGACGUGGCCAGAGAUGUCAUGUACAUGUCGGCCAUCAUCACUGCACCGCCCCACGGCAGCAGCGAGGACUGAUGCUGGUCCCGGGGCACCCCACGGCCUCGCUCAGAGCCCCCCGGGAAGACGGGACCCGCUGGCCAUGGGGACGCCCGCCCAGGGGCUGGCUGCUGGUGCACGUGGCUCCCCUUGUGCCGUCACCGUCACCCAUCCCGGCAGAUGGUAACCACUGAUCCCAGCGCGUAUUUUAACUCUUGUUCCUGGAAACAUUCUGCACACUCCAGAGGUGUUUCUAGGGGACUCUCUGUGCAGGGGCCAGGCUGGCCGAGCCCACCGUGGUGUUGGGAAUGGCACGCUGACCCCCGGGGUGGGCUCCGGGCCCUGCUGGCUGCCUCCCUGGUGGCGCUCAGGGCCAGCGGCUCCGGCACGGCUCGUACUGCUGUGCUAGCAGGCUGGUUGGCCCAGCAGCCGAUUCCAAGCCCCCAGCCCAGGGCAGGUCCCCGCUUGCCCGUCCCAGGCCGGGCAGCAGCACAGCGCAGGCAAGCGGGACUGGAGGAGCCCCGGGCUGGGUUUGCAGCAUCAGGCAGCUGCGAGCGCACGAUGUGUUGGCGGCUGCUGCAAUAAAGCUCCAUUUUCCA